GCUCUCUCUUCCUCCCCUCUCUCUGUCUUGCCAGUGAUCUUGACUUCAGAUCUGACCUUCGAUCUGAUUACUCGGAAUCUGAUUGGGGUGCGGGGCGAAUUCAUGGCACGUCUACCUCGGAAGCAGCCGGGAUCGACGGACGACGAACCAGCUGCAGGUUCUCCGGAAUCCGGAAAAGUUUCGUUGGACAAGCCCGUACGUGUCUACGCUGAUGGUAUUUAUGAUCUUUUUCACUUCGGUCACGCUAGAUCGCUCGAGCAAGCUAAAAAAGUGUUCCCCAACACAUAUCUACUUGUUGGGUGCUGCAAUGAUGAGGUCACACAUAGAUACAAGGGGAAAACCGUUAUGACUGAAGCUGAACGCUAUGAGUCCCUUCGUCACUGCAGGUGGGUUGAUGAAGUUAUUCCUGAUGCUCCAUGGGUCAUCACACAGGAGUUCAUUGAUGAGCACAAGAUAGACUAUGUGGCCCAUGACUCUCUCCCAUAUGCAGAUGCAAGUGGGGCAGGCAAGGAUGUCUAUGAAUUUGUAAAAGCUGUUGGGAAAUUCAAGGAGACAAAGCGCACAGAAGGGAUAUCAACAUCUGAUCUUAUAAUGAGGAUCCUUAAAGACUACAAUCAGUACAUUAUGCGUAACUUAGCCCGUGGAUACACAAGGAAAGACCUAGGUGUGAGCUAUGUCAAGGAGAAACAACUGAGAGUGAACAUGGGAAUAACCAAAUUACGUCAGAAAGUGAAGGAACAUCAAGAGAAGGUGGGGCAGAAGUUAAAGAUAGCUGGUAUGCAGCAUGGAGAAUGGGUGGAGAAUGCAGACCGUUGGGUUGCUGGCUUCCUUGAGAAGUUUGAGGAAAGUUGCCACAUAAUGGAAACUGUGAUUAAGGACCGGAUUCAGGAGGGCCUCAAGAGGCAGCAGUCAAAAGUGAUGCUGAACCUCCUCCGGGAAGAGCCAGUGAAAUCUUGAGACAACCUUUUUGGGUUCUACUUGUUGGAAUGGACAGUGAUUGAUAGAACUGAAGUGCGGGAAUCAAGUUCUGUACACUUUCCUUCUUAUUGCAUGCCUUUACAUCUUCUUGCAGAACUUUUGCUGCUCUUCUGCUGAAACUAACAUUAGGGUCAUUCCCCCCCCCCAUUA